AUGCUUCGAAUACUCUUCCACUGCUCGACGCGGCAACGAUACGAAGCGCGGGCAAAGGAUAUGACCGAAUACCUGAACCUCGUUUCUAGGUACCCGCUCCUCCAAUUGUCUUAUUUGGAUAAGGGACACGGACGUCUCUUCUGGUCUGCAGUAAAUGACAUCGUCCAUACCACCCUGAGCGACGCCGACGACCCAAACUCGCAAAGCGAUAUGCGGCUCUGGCGAUCAGCGAUGGGUAGCUUCUCCGACGGCUUGAUCAGCGCCCUUUCGUUAUGGAUUCAAUUAGUCGCCGACGGGCGCGCCGCGGCGGCCGGCAUCGAGAUUGAAUGGUCGACUCUGAUCCGAUUCCUUGCUAUUCAUAGGAAACACGCGCCUGAGCCGAUGAAACAAAUUGCAAAGCACAUCUUGGAAGCUUCCCAACGCGGCCUUUUGGGGGAUGAAGUCAAUCCAGAGCGCCAUUUUCUGUAUCGCAGCGUUUUGUGGAAGGAAGAUUGGAAGAGCGUACAGGAUGUAUACGACUACUUCGGUUGUCGCCCUCUGACACCUGAUGGCGGAGAAGGCUUGGUGCUCGCAGAGCCCACCCAUCGCUUCAGGAAGUGGAUCGAUAGAGGGCUUGGGGGAAUCGGAAGGGAUAUCGAGCGCGAUUUCCAACACGAACGGGACGAUUCGGGGACCAACCUCCCAUGCACCUCUAUCUGCCCAGGCAGGAACCCCCAGUGA